AUGGUUGAAGAAAAGCUAUAUUACUUGAUGCUUGAAAGCUGUAAAGAUCAGCUCCUUCGACAUUGUAAAGUUACAUUUAAAAGCCUGGUUGAAGUCCACGAGGUAAAUUUUUAUAUACUUUUUUUCGUUAUUUAAUAUCAAGCAAAAUUCAAUUAUCUUGCUCCCCAUUUAAGAGUCAGCAAGUUUUUUUUGCUAAAUUAUGGGAGUUAAUUUUUUCAAAAUUAGGUACUUUUCCAAUGAUUUUUUCGCUUAUAAAGUGGGUAAACCAAAGUUAGAGGCUACUCAAAGUAGAAAAAGGUUAUUUACGGUCUAAAUUCGAAUUCAAAAGAAAGCAAUAUAUAGUUUUCAUACCAAAAAAAGAAAAGGAAAAUUCCAAGUAUCGAUUUUAAAGCAAAAGAAGCUGUUCUCCAUUUACAAGAAAUAGCAUCUUCUGUUGCUUUAACACACAUAUCAGAAGAGUUUAAAAUUGAUGGAAAUUUAAUACCAUCUUCAAAUGUUUAUUUAGCUAGGAUAGAAAAUAAUGGUCUUAUACAAACCUAUUUUCAUUCGUCUGAGGAUAAAAAUGACCACUUACGCAAGCCUCGAAGAGCCACAAAUCCACCUCUUCAUCCCGAAGAAAAAAUUGGCACAUCCAAACGAUCUAACUCUACAAAUCUAAAACUUCCAAAUAUUAUAAUUACAAGUUCUUCCAGUCCUAAAGGAUCUUCAGAUUAUAAAUUAGUAGAGGCUCCUAAUGAUUUUAUAAGAAAAAAUGAUGAUAACUGCAAUACUUUUUCCGCAGUCAAUAAAUCAGCAUCUUUAGAGACUUCAAAAUCAGAAAAUUCGCCAAUAAAAGGAAGAUAUGUAAGAGUUAAUAGGAGAAGUUCCGUGCCGAUUAAUAAUAACAUAAAACCAUCAUCAGAAAUUCCAUUUUCAAUAAACGGACCCUUUUUGUUGAAGAGAAGUUCUUGAUUUAACGCAGAUAACCACAAAUAUUAUUCAGUUAAAGAAAAACUGAAACUUAUAAGGGAUUCAUAUAAAAACGCUCGGUUUAAAGCUGAUUCUCAUAAUAAAUAA